AACAACAUAACCUAUGAUCUGAUUUAGGCAGAAGAAAAUAGUGUCGUCUUGGGCGUUGCAUCUUGCGCACGCUCCGUUCCGCAGCGAGACACGCAGAGAGGAGCGUGGGGUUCCUUUGUCGGGGAACACUGGUGAAUUCGUGGAAGCUAACGGCGGUCGCGUCUGGGCCCUCCGUGAAACUGAUAAACGCAUUCAUUCCGGCUGACCGAAUGAGGUUUUAAGCACGCUGCGCAUGCGUGAACGUCUCCUAAACCGCCGAACAAAUUACCGGAACCGUCUGCCGACUGAGUGAAUUGGAGGUAAAGAGAGAGGACCGACCGGAGAAACGAUGCCUCAGGCACGCUGGUGGAACGCUGUUAUCGCGAGCAGUCGGCCUAGGACGUGGGAACAACUAACUGCUUCUGCGGGGUCAGGGGCGACGAGAGGCAGAGUAUCUGCACUCCUGACGACUGCUGAAGCGGUAGUCCACCGGCCGGCUGCCGACAGAGCACUCCGUCGCGGUAUGGCGAUCGCUUCACCAGGAAGCAAAGUCCUCACCGAGGACAAUGUUUUCAUAAAUCUCCGGAAAAUGGAAUAUGCAGUGCGCGGGCCUCUUCUCAUACGCGCUCUCGAGAUCGAAAAAGAACUCCAGAAGGGAGUCAAGAAACCAUUCAAAGAGGUGAUAAAAGCCAAUGUAGGCGAUGCACACGCUAUGGGUCAACAGCCCAUUACUUUCUUGAGGCAAGUACUGACGUUGACGGUGUCACCACAACUUCUCGAUGAUCCUACCUAUCCCGAAGACGCGAAAGAACGAGCAAAGACUAUUCUGUGCCAGUGUAAAGGAGGCAGCGUCGGCUCGUAUUCAGAAUCAGUAGGAAUCGAGAUCAUACGGAAACAUGUUGCUCAGUAUAUUCAGGACCGUGAUGGUAUUCCCUGUGAUUAUCACAAUAUCAUCCUCUCGAAUGGCGCUUCAGAUGGAAUCAAAUCCGUCCUGAAGUUAUUCAACGAGAAAAUAGACGGAAAACCAUCUGGCGUAAUGAUUCCAAUUCCACAGUACCCUUUAUACUCUGCUACUCUAGCUGAAUUUGGUUUAACACAAAUUGGUUACUAUCUAAACGAGGAAAACAAGUGGGCACUGGAUAUCUGUGAAUUAGAUAGAGCAUUGAAUGAAUCAAGAAGAAUCUGUAACCCACGUGUACUGGUUGUAAUAAAUCCUGGUAAUCCAACAGGACAAGUUCUCACACGUAGCAAUAUCGAAGACAUCAUCCGAUUUGCAUAUAAGAAUCAUUUGUUUUUAUUGGCCGAUGAAGUUUACCAGGAUAAUGUUUACGAUAAAGACAGUGCCUUUCAUUCGUUUAAGAAGGUAAUGACGGAAAUGGGAGAACCUUAUUGUAAAAUGGAGCUGGCUUCUUUUAUGUCGGUAUCUAAAGGUUACAUGGGAGAGUGUGGAAUUCGCGGAGGAUAUGGAGAACUGAUCAAUAUGGAUCCUCAAGUAAUGGCAAUAUUGUUGAAGUCGAUAUCUGCAAUGCUGUGCCCAACUGUUCUUGGUCAAGUAGUGAUGGACGUUGUCGUGAAUCCACCAAAACCACACGAGCCAUCCUACGAAUUAUUCCAAAAAGAAAAAGAAUAUACCUUACGCUCUUUAGCAGAGCGAUCUCAGUUGGUAGUCGAUACAUUGAAUAGCAUUCCAGGGUUUAAGGCAAAUCCAGCUAUGGGUGCAAUGUACGUAUUUCCGCAAAUCGAUUUGCCAAAGAAAGCAAUACAGGCAGCGGAGAAAGAAGGCCAACAGCCUGAUGUUUUCUAUGCUUUCAAGCUAUUGGAAUCUACUGGAAUAUGUGUAAUACCCGGUUCCGGUUUCGGACAACGACCCGGAACGUAUCACUUUAGGACCACGAUUUUGCCGCAGAAGGAGAAAAUAAAAGCGAUGCUCGAAAGUUUGAAACAGUUUCAUAUUAAGUUCCUUGAGGAGUACAAAUAAACAUACGAUGGAAAUUUUUAUACAUUUUAUUUCGUUUCCAAAGUGCCAGGAUUACGAUAUCAAAAUCACGAGGAUCAGUAUUACAUCUUGUCGAAAUUAUCUCGGAUUUAUUCGAAAGAAUUAUUAAGAAGACAUUAUUUUGCAGUUUCUAAUAAGAAAAUUUGAAAGGAAUUUUUGAAAUUACAUUACAUCCAUUAUCGAUCUAGUAUGGAGUGGAUUAUGAUUUUACGUAAACGUAUUAUAUAUAUGAAUGGAAUUCAUGAUUCAUCGAAUAUUUGUAAAUAGCAUGGAUUUAUAAUUAUAUUUAAGAGAUUGUAUGAUGUAUGAAUCAAUGAGAUUCUUUUUCCAGAAUUGUAAAGAUUCAUGGUGGGUGACUGUGUAUGUGUAUCAUAGUAAUUCGCAAAUAAUUGAGGAAUAUGUUCUUUUACAAUAUCCAUAACGAAAUUACCAGAAUAUAAUAUACACUAGCGUAGCUAAGGAGGUGGCGGAUUUUAUUUAUAUUAAUUUGAUAAGUUUUAUUAUUUAGUUAGUUUUUACUUAUUAUCAUUAUGUCAAUUGACGAAACAACAAUUGUCAUAAAUUUACUUUUUAAUACGUUCAAAUCUUCCAUUAUUUUUGGUCUCUUGCAAGGAGCGACAAAAGGAACCGCUCCGACUAGUAAAGGCUUUAUUUACGCCACAGGUUAUAUAGAAAUUACAUUGCAUUUUAUAUUCAAGCAGAUAAUAUCUAAAUUAUUUAUUUAUAAAUGCUGAAGAUUAUAAAUAAUAUUUCUGGUAAAAUAAUGUUGUUAGUAGAAGUAGAAUAUGUAGAUAAACCUAAAUAUGAUUUAACAUACGAUUAUGUACAAAUUAUUCGGUAUUCACCCACCAGAAAAGAUUUAUGUGUUCACCUUUGUCCAAGAUCCUCGAUAUUAAUAAAAAAUUACACGCAGCAAUUAA